AUGGCAGGAGGCAGUGCUUUUGUUGGAGGUCUUCUAGCUGGACCACCAGGAAUUGCUGUUGGAGGGGCAGUGGGUGGUCUCCUGGGCAGCUGGAUGACCAGUGGACAGUUCCGACCUCUACCUCAGAUCCUGAUGGAGUUGCCGCCUGCGCAGAGGGACCGGCUGUACCAGGAUGUGGUCGCCGUCCUGAGCAACCUGGACUGGACAGACGCAGCUCAGCUCAUUGCGCUGGUGAUGGGCAACGCAACAUUACAGCAGCAGGUCACAGCUGCAAUCCUCAACUAUGUGACCAAAGAACUGAAAGCGGAGGUCAGCUACAGGGAUUGA